UUUUGUUCCCACUCUCGCAAGAACAACCGCUAUCCUCUCUUUUUCUUUUUCAACUUCUUCUCUCCUCACUGAUUUCUUUCUCUAUAUAUAUAUCUGUGUGUUCUUCAGGGUGAUACUAUCAAAUUGCUAUGUGUUAAGAGAUAAUGGCGAAUCUCUUGGUCUACUCACACCUGCCACUGAAAUUCACCUACUCUUCGGUAAACUUUGCCUCUCGGAGCUCCCGAAAUGGAGUCCUUGUAGCGGCCGGAGUUUCGGCGCCGGAGGGAAAGACGAGGAGGAGGAGGAAGAAGCAGCCGCAGCCCAAUAAAGACGACUCCGCCAUGGCCACUGUGUCAAGCGCCGAGAAGGGGCUGAGAUUGGUGUUCAUGGAGGAGCUGAUGCAUCGUGCUCGGAAUCGCGACGUUGCCGGAGUCUCCGAGGUCGUUUACGACAUGAUUGCAGCCGGGCUUAGCCCUGGACCUCGCUCUUUUCAUGGAUUGAUUGUCACCCAUGUCCUCACUCGGGAUGCCGAGGGCGCUAUGCAUGCACUGAAGAGGGAGUUGAGUGAGGGCCUUAGGCCUCUUCAUGAAACGUUUAUUGCGUUGAUCCGUUUGUUUGGUUCCAAAGGCAGUGCCACCAGGGGCUUGGAAAUCCUUGCAGCAAUGGAGAAGCUAAAUUUUGACAUCCGCCAAGCUUGGCUGGUUCUUGUUGAGGAGCUUGUUAGAACCAAUCAUCUGGAAGAUGCCAACAACGUGUUUCUAAAGGGUGCCAAGGGAGGUCUGAGAGCUACUGAUGAGCUUUAUGAUCUUUUAAUUGAGGAAGACUGUAAAGUCGGGGAUCAUUCAAAUGCAUUAACCAUAGCCUAUGAAAUGGAAGCGGCUGGGAGGAUGGCAACCACUUUUCAUUUCAAUUGUCUUCUAAGUGUGCAGGCUACUUGUGGUAUACCUGAAAUUGCAUUUGCAACAUUUGAGAACAUGGAAUAUGGAGAAGAUUAUAUGAAACCAGAUACAGAGACAUAUAAUUGGGUGAUCCAAGCGUAUACAAGAGCUGAGUCCUAUGAUAGGGUACAAGAUGUUGCUGAGUUGCUUGGCAUGAUGGUUGAAGACCACAGACGUUUGCAACCUAAUGUGAAAACCUACGCGCUGUUGGUAGAGUGCUUCACAAAGUAUUGUGUAGUACGUGAAGCUAUUCGACAUUUUCGUGCCCUUAAAAACUUUGAAGAGGGAACAAAAGUUUUACAUGAUGAGGGGAAAUUUGGGGAUCCACUUUCGUUGUACCUUCGGGCUCUAUGUCGAGAAGGAAGGGUUGUUGAGUUGCUUGAAGCUUUAGAAGCUAUGGCGAAGGACAAUCAACCAAUCCCACCCAGAGCCAUGAUCUUAAGCAGAAAAUAUCGGACACUAGUUAGCUCCUGGAUCGAACCUUUACAAGAAGAAGCUGAACUUGGAUUCGAGAUUGAUUAUAUUGCCAGGUAUGUCGCAGAGGGUGGGCUUACUGGUGAGCGCAAGCGAUGGGUGCCCCGAAGAGGAAAAACACCGUUAGAUCCGGAUGCCCUUGGAUUUAUUUAUUCCAACCCUAUGGAAACCUCCUUCAAACAAAGAUGUCUUGAGGAGUGGAAGAUCCAUCAUCGAAAGCUUUUUAAAACCUUGCGCAAUGAAGGACUUUCAGCUUUAGGGAAUGCAUCUGAAUCUGAUUAUAUCCGAGUUGAGGAGAGAUUACUGAAAAUUAUAAAAGGACCUGACCAAAAUGCUCUAAAGCCUAAGGCUGCCAGUAAGAUGAUAGUGUCUGAGCUAAAGGAAGAAUUAGAAGCGCAAGGUCUGCCUAUUGAUGGAACUAGAAAUGUGCUCUACCAGCGUGUGCAAAAAGCAAGGAGAAUAAAUCGCUCCAGAGGUCGGCCUCUUUGGGUUCCUCCUGUGGAAGAGGAAGAAGAAGAGGUUGAUGAAGAACUCGAUGAAUUAAUUUCCAGGAUCAAGCUGGAAGAAGGGAAUACUGAGUUCUGGAGAAGUCGUUUUCUUGGGGAAGGCUUAAACAAUGAUCACAGCAAACCCAUGGAUGUGCAAAACUUGGAACUUCUAGAUGUACAGGAUGAUGCUGAUGUUGAAGAUGUUGCAAAAGAGGUUGAAGAUGAUGAGGCAGAUGAAGAGGAGGAGGUGGAACAAACUGAAAUCCAAGUGGGUGAUAGGGUUAAGGAGAAGGAAGUUGAAGUUGCAAAACCUCUUCAAAUGAUUGGAGUGCAAUUAUUGAAAGAUUCCGACCAGACUGCUGCCACAUCAAGAAAAUCAAGGAGAAGGCUUUCUCGAAAAACAGUUGAGGAUGAUGCUGAUGAUGACUGGUUUCCGGAGGAUAUACAUGAGGCGCUUAAGGAGCUGAGGAAGAGGAAAGUAUUUGAUGUAUCAGAUAUAUACACAAUUGCUGAUGCAUGGGGUUGGACAUGGGAAAGAGAAAUCAAGAACAAACCUCCUCGAAGAUGGUCACAGGAAUGGGAAGUUGAGAUGGCCAUCAAAGUGAUGCUCAAGGUAAUAGAAUUGGGUGGGACACCAACUAUUGGGGAUUGUGCCAUGAUUUUGCAUGCAGCGAUAAGGGCUCCUGUCCCUACGGCUUUCUUGAAAAUUUUGCAGACAACACACAGUCUCGGUUAUGCCUUUGGGAGCCCUCUUUAUGAUGAAAUUAUUACAUUGUGUCUUGAUCUUGGGGAACUCGAUGCAGCAGUUGCUAUAGUUGCAGACUUGGAGUCGAGUGGAAUCUCAAUGCCAGACCAAACCCUAGAUAGGGUUAUUUCUGCUAGACAGAUUGGUGAUAAUAUUGUUGAUGAUGAUGCAUCAUGAUAUCCGCAAUCUCACAUCUUCACCUCGCCGUGAAAUCCAAUUCCUCUUGGAGUAACAACCAUUAGUUGGCAGAUGUUUCAAGUGAUGUUUCAAGUGUAAAGUUCUAGUGGCAGUAGAAAUAAUACAUUAAUUUUUAUUUGUUAUUUUUUUUUUUUCAUUUUCCUUUUUGGUCCACACGUACUGAUCAUUCGAAUAUUGUUGUAGAUACCCACAAAAAUUUUGAAGAAUAAAUAGCUAUAUUUCUUUCUUCAGUUCA